AUGAUACUGCCGCCGUGCAAGCGAUCUGGCCAGGGACAUCGGCCUCCCUCCACAAACCCCACCCCAAACUACGGCCUGUAUUUCCUAACCUUCCACUUCAUCUUCGCGUACAGGGUGCUCUCUUCCCGUACGCUGAAACAAUGGUACGGAAUCGAUCACCAGGUCUCGCCGCGCGAAGACCUGGGGAAAUACGGCGAGGCGGCUGUGCGGGAUGGCAAGAUUACGCGCAGGCAGCUGGAUAUGCUUAAGCGGAAUGAGGCGGCGCAUGCUAAUUCGGUGGAGAAUUUCCCGCUGGUGGUUGCGGGUGUGGUUUUUGCGUCGGUGGCUGGUGUCCCUGGGCGGGCUAUUAAUGCUGCUGCGUUGUCGUAUACCGUUGCGCGCGUUGUCUAUGGGGCUGUCUAUAUUCUGAUUGAUCAUCCGACGUGGAGUCAGGUGAGGGGGUUGGUGUGGUGGUGGGGGAAUCUUAGUUGUUUCUUCUUGUUGUGGAAGGCCGGGGGGCUGUUGGCCUAA